CUCGUGAAGACCGGUGUCUUCAAAGAGUUGGCGCCUUUCGAUGAGGACUGGUAUUACAUCCGAUCCGCGUCUAUCGCCAGACAUCUGUAUCUGAGAGCACCCGUCGGAGUGGGAUCUUUGACCAAAAUAUACGGCGGAAGAUACCGAAAGGGUGUCCGUCCGUCCCAUUACUGCCGGAGCAGCGCUAACAUCGCCCGAAAGGCUCUCCAAUCACUCGAAGGCGUAAAAUGGGUUGAAAAGGACGCCAACACUGGAGGCCGAAGACUGACGAGUCAAGGGGUCCGCGAUUUGGACAGAAUUGCUGCACAACUGAGGUCUGCCACUAAAGCCAGACUACUGGCAGAGGCCGUCGCCGCCGCCGCCUCACUCCAAACGGCUUGAGAUCAUUGAUACGAUUAUAUGUAAUGUUUUUGAUUCAAUAAAUUUUCAUUAAUUGUGGAAAUGAAUGAUA